AUGGGAAACGCAGCAAGUUCUUCGAUUAAAUUUGCUAUACCUUUAUUCUCACAAACAUCGCCGGAUACUCUGUUGGAAACUGACGAUCAAUUCUAUACCCCUCGUACCACGAUGCCGUUGCUGAGGACACAAAAUCGUGGCACAGAGAGGCCACCCAGCGAAAGUCUGAGGACCCAGGAGUCUUUGAAACCGGACCAAUUGGUUCAUAAAUGCUUACGGCAGAUUGAGGACCAUAAGGAACUAACUCAAGAUAGCUUUGAUUGCUUGAUAGAGCUGCUCAGAAAUGGCUCUCCGACUGGUUUACCCAUUCAGCCCUCAAGCACUGUGGACACAAAGCCAUUUGACUAUGCAAUCUCGGACUUUGUGGCACCUUUAUAUCACCAUAAAACGGGUCACUGGACAGUCCUAUGCGUUUCUUCUCAAGGUCCGAGAAAGGAGCAUCCGGGGAAAUCUGUCGUCACGGCUCAACACUAUGAUCCGGAUCCGCGUCAGCACAAGGGUAGGCAUACGGAGGUGGGCGACAAGAUUCGCUCCUGGGUCGAGCAACGUGGCUCAAACGUGGAGUUGAAGUCCACUCGCGAAGCGGGACCGACCAUACAACCGUCGGACCAGAAUGUAACAGGCGUGUAUACCGUUAUGGGAGCCUUGGACUUCAGUGCCCGUAAGCCUUUGCGGUCAAAGGAUAGCUUUUGGGGCGGUGAUUACGUGAAGAAGAUCAAGGCUGCUUUACAUGCAACACAGCCUCGUUACCCUACCCCAGGAAGAACACCUGCAAGGAGGGGAACCUCUAUCUCUUCUGCGGACAAAUGGAGCCGAGGUGUUCAGAAAGUUUGGGAACGUCCCUCAUGUGACGAAAUGGACAUCUUUGGUAACAAGACGCCUAUCGCAGGAAACCGAAAACAAAGACGCCUUGAUCCGGCCGAACAUAUGGCAUUUGACGUCAAUGAGAAGUUGGAGGAGGCUACCUCUUCCAUCUUGAACCUGGGACUUCCGUCGGUGACGAAUCUUAAGCAAGAACUUAAUGAGCGCCGCAAGGAGCGCGGAGAGCAUAACGAGGUCAUUGAGAAUAAGAAGGAUGAUCUGGAGAAGUGUCAGACAGAGGGAGCAUCACGGGCCAGGGAGCACGAGGAAUACGAGAAGGCGUGCACAGAGCUCGAAUCAAAGCUCAAAGAUGACGAGCGAAGGGUCAACAAAUGGCUCUCGGAGUUCCCGCAGGAUCUCAACUUCGCGAUCGACACGGAGAAGUACAAAGCCCCGGGUGAGGCCACAUGA